UUAAUAUUAAUAGCAAGAGAAAGGGUAGUUCGUUACAAUAAUUAUAUUAACUUAUUUUUAUUUAUAAUUAUUUUUUUAUUAUUAAUAUUAAUUUUUACUUUUAGUUCUAUAAGAAUAUUUAUAUUUUAUUUAUUUUUUGAAAGUAGAUUAAUUCCCACUUUAUUUUUAAUUUUAGGUUGAGGAUACCAACCUGAACGAUUACAGGCAGGAAUUUAUUUAUUAUUUUAUACUUUAUUAGCUUCUUUACCUUUAUUAAGGUAUUUUUUUAUUAAAAAUGAUAAUUAUACAAUAAAUUUUAUUAUAUUAAGUUAUAAAAAUUUAUACAAUUUAGAUUUUUUAUAUUUAUGUAUAGUAUUUGCUUUUUUAGUAAAAAUACCAAUGUUUUUAGUUCAUUUAUGACUUCCUAAGGCUCAUGUAGAAGCUCCAGUUUCUGGUUCAAUAAUUUUAGCUGGAGUUUUAUUAAAAUUAGGAGGAUAUGGAUUACUUCGAGUUUUUUCUAUUUUACAGAGUUUAGGUAUAAAAUUUAAUUUUAUUUGAAUUAGAAUUAGAUUAAUUGGGGGAGUUUUAGUAAGAUUAAUUUGUUUAUGACAAAUAGAUUUAAAGGCUUUAAUUGCUUAUUCUUCUGUUGCUCAUAUAGGAAUUGUUUUAAGAGGUUUAAUAACUAUAACUUAUUGAGGAUUAAAUGGUUCUUAUACUUUAAUAAUUGCUCAUGGAUUAUGUUCUUCUGGUUUAUUUUGUUUAGCAAAUAUUUCUUAUGAACGUAUAGGAAGACGAAGUUUAUUAAUUAAUAAGGGAAUAUUAAAUUUUAUACCAAGAUUAUCUUUAUGAUUUUU